AAAUUACAAUAGUAAAGGCGAGAUUAAACCAUAAUAGUACUUUUAAUUACAAUCGUGACAUUGUGUAACAUUGUGUACUUACCGUUUAGUAAGUAAAGGUGUCUAUUUUAAAUAAACAUCUUUGAUAUCAAUCAAACGUACCCUCAAGUUUUCGCUAGGCUCAUUGAUUUAACGUUAGAAACAAAAACGUGUGACUUCAUUGAAUUGUUUUUUUGUAAAUUUGGACGUAAGGAGUCGCAAAAAUAUAGCAGUAAUACAACAAACACCCUUACCGUGUAGAAUCUAUGCUGUGAUACCGCCGCCAUUGAAAGUGUUCACUAAUUUGCGUCCGAACAACAAAAGGUACACAUUCAAGAUGAGCGGAUUUUGCCAAUACAUCCAGACUCGCCGAUUAUGCCUUUAGCUUUGGCUCAUCAGUCUAUAACGUUGUCACUGCCGUUUCGAUUGCAAUUACACAGUCGUACGACACAAGAAGCAUUAAAUCUGGAGGAAGACAGUUCGGAUUCCAACAUGCUUAACAGCUUUCAAAUAAACAACUUCGAUGAUGAUGAACCUUCUUGGGAUCCUCCGGAUAUGCCUCCUACUCAUUCCUAUGAGACGCCACAGCAACACGUCGUAACCUCCACGAUUGUAUCGGGCCAAUUCGAAAUAGACGAAUCUCAGGCGGCACUAGCUCACCAUUCAGCUAUGGAUCAUUGCGGCUUCCUACCGAAGCCAGAAAAACAGCCCGAUCUGCAAGAUGAAAACUUUAAAAUGGAUACUGAUGAUCAAUCUGCGCACUCUUACACUUUAGAUUCCUCAUCUGAGAACUCCACGCCGAAGUUUGACGGCGGAAACGUCACUUCUGGCACAGGAUCGGAACAAGAGCUUAGUGCGCCUCCGAUUUGUUUGAGGUCCGUCUUGGAGUCGCGUCGCUGUGGACAAGUAGUGAAACAAAUUACAAAUAAAGUAGUGAGGCACGCGCGCUUCAACAAAGUACUGAGGGAACAAGAUUUGUGGUGCAUAGAUUGCAAACUGAUGCCCGUACUUCCCGUGACUGGCAAAUGCGGACACACCAGAUGCACAAAGUGUAUCAAAGGAAACGGCCAUUGUCCUUGCGGAGAACCACAGCCCGAGAACUUGCAUGUCAACACACUCAUACAAGAACUAACCGCGAAGAUACUGCUACAUAAUAAAACUUUAGGGUACGAUUCGCCGAGAUUCUCGCAUAUGCCAACUCCGUCAACUUCAACAGAUUCGCGAGUCAACAAGUCCUACGUCUUAUGGCGGAAAUCGAAACGGAACCGUCACAUCCUGAAAGCCCUCUUAAACAGCUCGCUGAAAACGAAAGACAGGAAAAUAAGCUUUUCACCGUCUAUUCUAAUUCCAUUACAGAUUCGUUAUCAGUUCGCGCGUAAACUCUUCACGAUGGGGCGCUACCGUGACGCCGCGCCUCAUUUGGCGCACAUAGCGGCAUCUAGCGAGUCGUACGCGAGACAAGCACGUGUUUUACUCACACAGGCUAUAGCUGUACUGAUACAGAAUAGAAACGGUCGUCGCCUUACGCGCGUACUGUUCAGAGCUGUUCGCAAAGAGGCCGCCAGUAGUUGGCUGAAGUCUUCAGAUAUCAACUGCGUAUUGUGCUGCUCCACACUAGUGGAUCCGGUGACCACUCCGUGCGGCCACACCUACUGCCGCACCUGCGUUGAAAGGUCCAUGGACUACAACAUAAAGUGCGCUUUGUGUCUGCGGCCGUUGAAUGACUUCGACUUAUCCACAACUGGUGGAACCAUAUUUAUUCGUGCUAUGCUCGCUUCGGUCGGUGCUUUGAGACCACCCCCACCACCGGACCCAAACGUGAUGCCGAUUUUUAUAUGCACCGUCGCCUAUCCAUCGAUUCCGUGUCCCUUGUUUAUUUUUGAUCCGCGCUACCGUUUAAUGGUACGUCGUGUGCUGGAGUCGGAAACACGUAAAUUCGGAAUGGUGGCCUGUGAGAGGAAUGGCGGCGGAUCAGAAUAUGGCACGAUUUUGCAAGUUUGCGAUUGCAUUCAUAUGGAGGACGGCCGAUCGAUAUUGUCGACUGUAGGCGUCUCAAGAUUCAGAGUGCUCGAAACUGGAGUCCGUGAUGGUUACGACAUCGCACGCGUCCAGGUGAUCACCGAUCUGAUACCCGAGGACUCGAUCCAGAUAUGCGAUUUGCGGGUAACCGCCGUACACAUAUGCUACAAGGCGUUGAGCUGGCUCAACAGCAUGCACGAGACGGUCUACUCGGAAAUCGUUUCCGCUUUCGGUAACAUGCCGCAAAUGGACGAGACUUGGUGGAGAACUCCCGACGGCCCCGCUUGGCUGUGGUGGCUUAUCGCCAUUUUGCCGCUCCGAACUGAGAUCAAGGUACUGAUACUUUCCACUCGUUGCCUGAUGAAGCGUCUUACCGCCGUCUCACGUACACUUGAGGCCAUAGAUCAAAUCGCGGCUACCACCGAAGCUCACUUCGGUUUCCGCCGAUCGCUCAACCACACCGAGCACUGGGUCCAGCGUGGAUGAAGCGAGAUUUCUCUAACCGGUUUGCUCCUUAUAAAGUGGGCAAAAAAACAUUUGGAUUCGUGCAGGCGUUAAGACUUUUCAGCGAAACGAGGCGGACGGACCGAUUUUAGUGUUGUGGGGACGAAUUGAUUGGUGAAUAUCGAUAACAAAACAUUACCCGUGUGAUUAAGCUGUAGUUUCUGAGUGUGCGUAUGUAUCUCAAGGUUUUUUGAAUAAUUUUAUUUCAUUAGCAUGGAAAUCUCACGUGGAUGUCAGAUUUCAGAACAUCAAUUAAUAUUACUAUGAUAAUCUAAAUCUUUACUAUUUUAGUAUAUUAUAUUACUGAAUACUAGUUAAUGAUUAAUCAAAUUUGUGCCGUAAAAUACUGAGUGUAUGUAAUUUUUAUAUGUAGUGGUGUUAUAAUAAUAUUAUAGUAAUAUGUAGUUUUGUGAAUUAUUUAGAUUUACAUUCACUAUUCUAUUUAGAUUAACUUAAUAUACACGGAGGAUACUCGGUACGGGGUAACAGCUGUGGUUCUUUCUAUUUUAGAGCUACAGGAAAUCUGUCUUAAGAGUUGAUUUUGCUUGAGUUAAUUUUUAUUGGCAUUAACUGAUUUUAGUAAAAAUGUACCAAAUGCAAGAAAAAACAAAUUUAAUAAUGCCCUUUUUUUCGUUCAUUAUAUUAGUUCUCAAGAGACAAACCAUGAUUAGAAUACUGAUAAUUCAGUAAUUAUGAAAGUAACACAUUUUCGAACUGAACUAUCAUUUUAUUUAGUGAUACAUAUUUUUUUACGAUUUCCUUUUGUAGCUCCCGUUGCUGGCCGCGUCUUGAGUAUCCACUCUGCGUAAAUAUUAGAAAACCAAUUUUAUAAUUUUAUUUUAGCCAUAUUAUAUUCUACUUCUAUGAUUAAAUUUCCUGACUGAUUUUAUUAGUAAAAUUUAUUGCAGGGUCGUAUAAAUUGUGAUUCUAAAUCAUUAAUUACAUUAAAUACAUCUCUGAACAUUGAUCCGAUCUAUUUAUAUGAAAUAAUACUUAAUUUAGAUAGUUUAGUUUACCUCGUCUGAACUAAUAUUGCUAUCAAUAAUUAAUAAUUCGAAAAUUAAAUCAUUAUCAUAAGUAUAAUUUGUAGAUAAAAAAAUGUUUUUUAAAUGAAAAUAUUUUCUAAUUUUUAUACUCGAUAAAUAGUAUUGUAAUAGUUAAUAUCAAUCCCCAUGUUUACAUAAUAUUAUCUAGUAUGAAUCUAUCAUAAUUCUAAUCACAUAGUACCUAACUUUACCGCGACGGCUGGACUUUCACGAUUCAAUCAAUCACGCAUCUAGAGUAAGAUUUAAUCGCCUUCAUUGACAUUUAUCGAAAUGUCUCGCCGUAAACUCGAUUUAAUUUCAUAUUUUUUCCAUCUAAAACCAUACAAGCCUCAACAAUUAUCAAGCAAACAAGUGAAUAUAUCUGUAUAUUCUUUAGUUUUGUUAAAAUGAUAUUUUUAUUUGCUCAAUUCAAACGUCAUCAACCGACGUAUGCUUCUGAAUUCAUAAGUAGGCAUUUAAGUAAAUAAAUAAAAAUCUACUCGUCUACAAUUGUUUACAUAAGACUUGAGCACACUGAUGACAAUAGUAUGAUUUAACUUCAUUUGUAUCGUAUUUCGUAUAAUGAUACUAUGUACUCUGUAUUACCACGUGUAAACCAUACCUUAUACCAAGGCGACCAAUAUUAUAACGUGUAGUAAUUGUUGUGAUUACAUGUGAUACGUUACUCGAUAUAGUGAUAUUUAUUGAACGUCUAGCCUUAGCUUUUUAACGGAUCAAAAACAAUCUGAGUUUUAUUCGAACUAAAGUGACAGACUAAAACCAACAUUCUACCUUAAAAGUCGGUCAAAAAUUCGUUUCCACAAAUAGGUACGUCGAAGCGCAUCUAUGUUUUUCACUGUUUUUUUUUCUGUAGAAAUGAGACUUAAUAACUGGUUAGAGAAUAAACAACUUCGCUUCAUAUAUUUGAAGUAAAUGAAUAAACAGUUCAUUUGAUAUAUACGAAAGACUGCGUCGUAUUCAUGGUCAAGUCUUUGAAUGCUUUUAUUUUUUAAGUGUGUCGAGUUAAUGUUUUUUGCAUUUAAUAAUGUUUAAAGCUUUGCAUUUAUUCUGUGUAAUCAGUGUUUUAAACGAACACAUGUAUCUACAUGUUUUAUAGAAUUUAAUUAACGUUAAUUUUGCCCUUUGAAUUCCUGGGUAAGAACGAGUUUAAUUCAUAAAAAAAAAAAAAAAAUUAAUAUGAUCGAAAUCGUAUUGUUUUUUUUUUAUAAAUGAAUUAAAUUGUUUAGUAUCUAAGUGUAGAUUUGUUCUCGAAAGAACGAUUGAUCGAAAUCGUUCUUCAAUCAUCAAAGUACUUAUACGUCAUGUACUUACGGAAUUCCUUAGUUUACGAUACUUCCGAAUCGAGUUUAUUUAAUUGCGGUUAUUCUUAGUAAUGUCUUAAUGGAUCUGUUUAGUGUUAAUCGUAAUUAAAUUUGAAGAGAAAUUUGUCAUUAUCGAUGUAUUUACGCGUUGAUGUUUCAACGUAGUUUAGUGGAUCGCCCAAUUCGUGCAUGUACUUCAAAUUUUAAUAUGUUUGUUUAAAAAUAGCCAUGUGCACAUUAUUUGGCACAAUUAAAUUUAAUUAUGUAGUGGUAUUCGAGGAACCCAAAAAUUUUAAAUUAAAUAUAAAUAUUCGUCGAUCACGCGAUCGUGACUUGGGUUCGCAAUUAAUUAUAAUAAUUCAACCGCGUGUACGGUAAUUGUUGGUUGAAUAAACAAUCUGUCGUUGUAAAUACUAUGCUAUUUACCUGAUGCGUAGAUAUAUUUUACUUCGAAUGGACAUGCCCAUUAUCGAAGUGGAUUUAAUGGUGAUUUUUGCUGGUCCAAAAACCGCCUAUAGAUUUCGGUACUGAGUUCUUAAGAUGUUUUGCGACGUGCGAUCAAAAUGAGAUUAGUAUUGCCAAUAAACUCUAGUUAUCAAAAGUUACCACUCAAGAAAUGUGAUUUGCCAAAAUAAGCAUAUUUGCCAACAUGCCGUAUAAUUGAAGGAUGAUUUAAAACUAUCUCUUUUAGUACAUACUCUGUUUUAGUAUCGAGAUUCGAUCGAAAUAACCAAAAAGGUCAAUCCCUUUCUUGUUUUGUUCGCAUAGUGAUGUGUUUCUUACAUAUUGUAAGGAUCUGUUUUAGGGUGUGCAAGACCCAUUCGUGUUUGUGUUAUGGAAAUUGAAUAACAUCUUGUUAUAAACGUUAUAACGUUUCAAUAUCGAUAGAGCGGCACUCCGCUCACUAGUAGAGGUAGAGAUCUAGUGUUUCUAGUAGAUCCUCUACGCACUUUAGUAACGUGAUUGUGCUUACAGCUGCCAGUUUAGUGGUACGAUGAACGAUAACACUUCAAGCGAGUCGUUUGUCUGAAGAUAGCAUUGGAGCCGUGAACGAUCACGUUCACUUCAUUUAAGAUUCAUUUUGAAUCUAUUCUUAAUGUCUCUACUACUCUACUCUAAAUUUUUAUUUGAAUUUGUAUUGAAUGCAAAUACUUUUUUCACGUUUUAUUUUGUAGUUUAUAAUCUUUACUGAAUGUUAGAGUUUAAUUAAUGUUAAGAAUUAUAGUGCUACCAAAUCGAAGAUGACUGGUUCAUUUCUGUUUUGUGAAAUGUUUCGUCGUUUGACGUAUACAUGAUACGAUCUCAUCAGCAAGUUACUAUGAUUUGUGUUUCAUAUUUUAAAUAUACUAGUAAUGUGCAUUAUUGUAUAACUGGGAAUCUACGCUGUAGUUUUUUUUUUUUUAUUGAUAUUAACAACGCCUUCAGUUUCUGUAGCGCAUUAAUUACAAUUACACUAAUAUUUUUGAAGUUAUACUUCUUUAGGCGCGUUAUGAAAAAUUGAUGAGAGUGAAAUUUUACGAUGCGCGCGCACCGUGACACAAAAUUAACAGAAUGAAGUUGCCCACUAAAUCGCUCAUUACAAUACGACCGACGUAACUUGGCGAGUCUGAAUAUAGCCGCAGGUGAACUUUCCGAACCGUAUUUGAGGAUGUUGUUUAAUCGAUUUUUUUUCAAAUUGAUUAAAAUUUAAAUAAAAUAAAACAUUAAUAAAAUACGCGCGUACACGCACCCUUUUUUCUGGUAAGCCUAGAUAAUCUCUGGCAGCUUUGAAGGGCUAUGUCAGCUCAUCCGGGCUUGAAGACAAUCUCACGGGGCUCAGCCUGCUAGACUUCGCUAACAUCCAGAUUCCCAUUGCAACCCACUGAAAAGGUCCGGUGAAAAACCUAAUGGGUUGUCUGCGGGAAUCUGCUUUUAUCAUUCGCUUUCAGGAAACACAUCUGAGUGAAACUAAACAUUUUUUUUUUAAAUAACAUGUUGUCCGUUUCAAUUCUUCAACAUUUAUCGCUGCAAAAUUAAUAGUGUAUUGUUUGCAUGUCACAAAAUCUAAUUACAGACACUGUAUCGUGGUAAUUUCUUUUAAAGAAGAUUGAUACUGAUAUUAUAGUUUAAAACGUUUAUAAUAGUCUCGUAGUAGAUAAUAUAAUAUAAUAGAUGUCGUUUCAAAUUGUAGGGACUGUUAGAAGUACCUACCGUGUGAUUUCCAGUUUUACAAUAUUACAUAAUCCUAUGGUUCUAGUUUUUAGUUUUUAUCUGUAUUUUUAAGUUGUUCUAAUAUUAAAAUAAUAGUUAUCACUAGCAAUAUUAAGAGACCAAUCACCGUAAUGACAUUUUUUUUUUAAUUCAAACGGUUUCAAUUUUUGUGCCAAACUAAACGAAAACAAGCUGAGGUUAGAGUUUGUUUUCUAAAUGAAUUCCUAUUUUUGGCACCUUACUUUUACUACAACGAUUAGUUUCAAUUUAAUAAUUAAUUUCAGUUGUCUUUGAAAUUAGAUAUUGUUGAAACUUUAUUCGAGAUGUUUCAAUCAGAUUUACUAAUUUAAAAAAAAAAUGAAAUUUUCAACAACAAUUUAGGGAAAGGAUAUACGGAAUAGCCUACGUUGAUUGUUACAGAUGAGCUUGAACAUUUCGAUAAUUUAAUUAUUGUUCGAAAGAGUUCAACAAAGCUGACAAAGACGCUGUGAUCAGUAGUAGAUAGUUAAGUUUUAGGUUACAUUGUGAUUAUGAGUAGAAACAUGCAAUAGAACUUUUUUACUGUUGAUUACAAUUUGUUUACUAAAUAUUUCGUAGUGUCUCCUACUUUUUCAUGUUUGUCAAGUAAGGUUUAAUAUGCUGUUAUGUUUCUUUCUACAUAAAUAACAAUGCCACGAUAGCCAAAAUCUUAAAUUUCGAAGAUGCCUUGUUAACUUUUGUUUCCCUUAUUAAAUUUUAAUGCUAAUUAUCUUUUUUUACUUUGAUUGUGAUUGAAAUGCUUUUUAAUAUUGUAAUUUUUAUAGAAGACCUAUUGCUUGGUAAUUAAAUCUGUGCGUGUUUUAAGCACUUUAACCAAAGUCUAUCAGUUGAGAUAAACUAAAUGGUUUGAGCAAAAAUUUGUUGAAUGUAUAAAAUUAUAAAUAUUGCAAUUUGAGAAAAUUGAAGUCUUAUUUUGCAAUUUUAUAAUAUAACUACAAUUGGUUUACUUUUCAACCUCUAAAUACGAGGACAUUCACAGAUUGCGGUACCAACCAUAAGGUUCUUCUGAUAAUUCUAGCAAAGUUAUAUUUACUAUAAUUAUUGCACGUGAACUGCUUUUAUGUGUAAAAUAAAUAAAAAUAAACAGAUAA